UGGCGAGCGGCGACAGUAUCUUUUUCAGAGGAGCGGAUUGUUGUAUUAUUCACCGGCUGUGAAUGUGAACUCCUCGGGCCUCGUUUGAUGAUGAGCUAGCAGUUGAACUGAAUAUACGCGUUGGUGUUUUUAGGUGAUAAAUUGAGAAGGAAAGCUGAACUCUUUUGACCAGUUACCCUGCCCAAUGCGGUACAUGUAUUCAGCUGUAACGAGCUCCACCAGAAGAACUAUUUCAGGACGCUAUCAUGGAAAAAUACGUGCGACUUUACUGCAAGCUGUCGAUAUGCCAGAUAUAGCUUGAUUGAACAUUGCCAUUCAUAUAGCUAAUGAUUUUAUAUCAUGUUUUACUUGUAGUUGUUUUUAUUUUAAAUUGAAGGAAAGCGCAUACUAGCUUCGGUUAUGUCCAGAUGACAACCUGCAUCAGGUCUGACAGUGAUGCAACAGCAUUUAUUACAUGUACAGAGUUUUAAUAAGUCGUUAAACCGCUGCUGGAUCUUAAACUGUUGCAUUGAGAGCUGACAUUGUCGGAUAUCAUUGAGAAUCUUGGAAGAGGAGGAACGACAAUUUGGGUGUCCUGAGACAAACGCCAAUUCAGAUACAACGAUGGCAAAUGACUCCAUCCAAAGUGAUCCCGGUGGGUUGUCGGUACUAGAGCAGCUAGGCUUGGACCACAGCUCCGAUUUCUCUGACUCGAGUGUUCAGCAGCGAUUGGAUGAACAACGAGAGCGAAUCCGUAGGGAAAUCCGGAAGGAGCUGAAGAUUAAAGAGGGGGCAGAGAAUCUCCGCAGAGCCACUACAGAUAAACGAAAUGCUCAGCAGGUGGAGAGUCAGUUGCGGAGCUCCAAUCGACGUCUGGAAAUGCUCCACGAUCAACUACAAGAGCUGGAUGCUCGUAUUGUCGUCAAAGGGACAGAUGAUUCACGUGAUGAUGUUCCUCAGUCUCCAGGAGCAGAGAGCAGGUCGUCGGCCCAUAAGGAGAGAAUCGCUGCACUGGAAAGGCAGUUAAACAUCGAACUCAAGGUCAAACAGGGGGCUGAAAAUAUGAUCCCUAUCUACGCCAAUGGCUCCACUAAGGAUAAGAAGAUGUUGCAGACAGCUCAGCAGAUGCUACAGGACAGCAAGACAAAGAUUGACAUCAUCCGCAUGCAGAUCCGGAAAACAGUGCAGGCCUUCGAACACAAUGAUGAUACGCAGGGAAAGCCUGACCCAUGUGGUAUGGAGCUACGGAUUGAGGAGCUCAGACACCAUUACCGCGUAGAGCAUGCUGUUGCUGAGGGAGCGAAAAAUGUCCUUAGACUUCUUGGAGCCAGUAAAGUACAGGAUAAGAAGGCCAUGUCAGAGGCUCAAUGUCGUCUGAGUGAGUCGUCUCAAAGGUUGGAUCUGCUGAGAGAUUCAUUAGAUAGGCGGUUAGCAGAACUUCCUGAGGAUCAUCCCAAAGCAUCUGUCAUUAAAGAGGAGUUGGUUUUAGCCUCCUCACCAGCAUUCAGCUCUCGACAUGGCGCCCCCUACCUGCACAACCAGUACAGCACCCUCUCCAAACCCUCACCGCUCACUGGCACUCUUCAGGUCACAUUGCUGGGCUGUAUGGGUGUGCUGGAGGUGGUUCCCGGCCGUUCCAAGGGCAGCCAGGUAGUGUUGCCGUGUUACAGUCCGGGAGAGGGGCGGUCCUUUAUGCGGAGUGGAAAAGGCCUGUACAGUCGCAGCGGCAGCGUUAGUGGAAAAACACCCCCCAAAACAGACGAACUGUCCUCGGAGGUGAGUGCAGUACUGAAGAUGGACAACGCGGUCGUGGGUCAAACAGCAUGGAAGAUGGUUGGAGAACAGGGCUGGGAUCAGACCUUCACCGUAGAGCUGGAGAGAUCCAGAGAGAUGGAGAUCGCCGUGUACUGGAGAGACUACCGAUCUCUGUGUGCGUUGAAAUUUCUCAAGUUAGAGGACUUCCUGGACAACCAGAAACACCGAGUACAACUAGAGCUAGAACCACAGGGACUGCUGUUGGCAGAGGUCACCUUCUUUAACCCCGUGAUCGAGAGGGUUCCACGGCUAAAAAGGCAGAAGAAAGUUUUCUCCAAGCAACAGGGUAAAGCAUUUCUGCGAGCUCGGCAGAUGAACGUUGAUAUCGGCACAUGGGUGAGGUUACUGAGGAAUGCCAUACCAACCGUCAACAACACAGGAACUUACAGCCCUCACGCCCACACUGUACAGACAGGUGAGAUAUCGGUGGAGAAGUUGAGUUUAGACUAUGACUCACCGAUGAAGGUGGACAUCCGGCGAGACGUCACAGAUACAGGCACUCCCGAACGACAGCCGGCCACUGAGCCCCUCUCUGCUCCUGACGUCACCACUCCUGAGCGACAAAUCAGAACACAUUCACUGAGCAGUAAACAGAAGAAGACCCCUUUGAGCCUGCAGGAUUUCCGACUAAUUGCUGUUCUUGGCAGAGGCCAUUUUGGAAAGGUGCUGUUGGCAGAAUACAAGAAGUCAGGCAGCAUGUACGCCAUAAAAGCCCUAAAGAAAGGAGACAUUGUGGCCAGAGAUGAAGUGGAAAGUUUGAUGUGUGAGAAGCGCAUUUUUGAGACGGUGAACAGUGCGCAACACCCCUUCCUGGUGAACCUGUUUGCAUGUUUCCAGACUCCAGAACAUGUGUGUUUUGUCAUGGAGUACACGGCAGGCGGGGACCUAAUGAUGCAUAUACACGCAGACGUCUUCACCGAGCCACGGGCUGUGUUCUAUUCUGCUUGUGUAGUCUUAGGACUUCAGUUUUUACAUGACAACAAGAUUGUGUACCGAGAUCUUAAAUUGGACAACUUGCUGCUUGACACAGAGGGUUACGUGAAGAUUGCCGACUUUGGAUUGUGUAAAGAAGGUAUGGGUUUUGGGGACCGGACCAGUACGUUCUGUGGGACUCCAGAGUUUCUGGCUCCAGAGGUUCUAACAGACACGUCGUACACGCGGGCCGUGGACUGGUGGGGACUCGGAGUGCUUAUAUACGAGAUGCUGGUGGGAGAGUCCCCAUUUCCAGGUGAUGAUGAAGAGGAGGUUUUUGACAGCAUAGUGAACGAUGAAGUGCGAUACCCACGGUUCCUUUCCUCAGAGGCCAUUGGCAUCAUGAGGAGGUUACUAAGGAGAAAUCCAGAAAGACGACUGGGCUCAAGUGAGAAAGAUGCAGAGGAUGUCAAGAAACAACCUUUCUUCAGGAAUAUGGACUGGGAGGCUCUUCUCCUCCGUAAACUCCCUCCUCCCUUUCUUCCGUCUAUCGGAGGAUCAGAAGAUGUCAGCAACUUCGAUGAGGAAUUCACAACAGAAGCGCCGAAUCUCACUCCGCCUCGUGAACCCCGGGUGCUCUCGCGGAAGGAUCAGGACAGUUUCCGAGACUUUGACUAUGUAUCCGACCUCUGCUGAGAGCCUCUUCACUGUGACAGUGCCGUAGAGAGACAUUUCUGCUCCGUGACUCAGUGACGAUGAGGACAAGUGUGGCCAAUUUGAGUGAAUUGUGAAUGAGCUGGACCUGUGAACACUGUGAUGGAAGAGAGGAGGCUCUGGAAAACAGUUAGAAUCGGAUUAACGACUGAACGUUUGUUUCUUGCCAACAGGUUUAAAGGUGCACUCAAUCAUUUUUUUUUUUUUAUGUUGCGCUUCGACUCGCACUGACACCUAGUGGUUUGGAUGAAGCAUCACACUAGUAAAAGUAAGUGUUCAGAUAUCGAUGUAGUUUUAGAAAUGCAUUUUUCGCAGUCAGCCAUGAUUAAUUUAUUCCACUAUUAUUCCACUGUUAGUGAAAUGAGUGGUAGCAGAUGUGAUCUCAAAAUGGCGGCUCCCAUCAGUGGACCAUCUUCAUGUAGAAUAAAACAGCUUUUAUUAGGCUACUGAUAUAACUAAAGUCUUCAUCUCAUGUGAAUGGUCAUAAUUUUAAACAUUAUUCAAAAGUAAUAUUUAUCUCUCAAAAAGUGCACCGUUAAACCUGUUGAAAUUGUUGGUUUGUCUUCAAGUGUCAUCUGCUUUUGAAAAAAUGCAUCUUGUCUUAACAAAGACAGUCUGAAGAUGUAUUUUAAAACUUGAAGCAAAUCAAUAAAGCUCACACAGAAGCAUCUCAGUGAACUUUUGUAAAUUAUCAUACGAACAAGAGCAUGUGGGAAAUGCAUUUCUGUUCAUUUUCACAUUUUGGAACCACUGAGGAACCAACUGGUAACAUCUACAAAAUCUUCCUCCAUUUAGACUUCCAAUGUCCAUUCAAACAGGAUGAUACUGUCUGAAUAAUUUCCAUUGACACGACGUGGACCAGGGACCCAAAGGAACUUUGUUUAAGAGACGCAUCUCAGCAGACACUGUGACAUUAGGUGGAAAAAGAGAGUUACGUCGAGAGUAGGGUUAUUUGAUUAGGCUAAUUUAAGCUUUCUCUUGCAGUUCUCAGUGGUUAAGAAGUUAAAACCUCUUUAGACUCGUUCAUUCUGGAUAUUUCACAACAAAAUACUCAUCUUCAAGUCAAGCAUAAUGAAAUUUAGGAGAGCAGCCCGGUUUGAAGACAGCUUGGUCUCCUUUCAUUAAGUGCACUUUUAGUAUGGCUACCUUUAUUAACUUUUUAAAAAACUAAUGAAAAAAAACUCUCAUAGAAAGUUGGUUUGAACAAAAUGCCUUAAUAAUGUUCCUGCUUUCCCAGUUUAUCCUGUUCAUCUUUUCACUUCAGUAAGGGAGACAAAUAGCUAGAAACCUAAAUCUUACCUGGCUAAACAUUAAAAAAAUGCAGAAUAUGUUUUUACAUUUUACAUAAAAACAAUAGCAAGAAGACACUUCAUUGUUACAGUACAUAUAUUUUGAAGUUCUGUUUUUGCUUGGUUUCUUUUUGUAUUCUCAGGCCGAGAAUGGAUCAUGCUACACACGUGGGAGAACUGUCUUGUCUGAAAAAAUGAAUUUAUGUCAUUUACUUUACAAUAGCAUAUGUAAAACUAUAGUAUGCUCAUCAAGAUAAUGUGAUAAAAUGAUCUGUCAUUUUAAUUCAGACCUAACAAGGCCUUCGGGGACUCAAAUAUUCAAUCUUUUGAAUGUUGUUGUACUGGAGUAAAGGAGAAAGAAUGUGUUUCGUUGAAUAUUUUCACAAGCUCCAAUCAUUGACUUUGUCACUGCAAACAUUUUUAACAUUGGUUCGAUGCUUUGAUGAAUCUGAGCAAAAGGGUAUAAAACCACUUUUGUUUAAAGACUCAAUGGCCUCAAUUAACAGAUACUUUGUUUCUAUUUUAUUAAUGUUUUUAAAUAGAUAUCUGUUAAAUAGAAAAUACUAUCUGUUGUUUAUUGUAGUCAUGAUGUGAAUGACUAGCAACUAGUGACUGUUAUGUGUUAGUUCUGGUUUUACACCCUUUAUUACCUCAGAGCUAUUUUGAUGCCUUUAAAACAUUAUGUGCAGUUGUUAUUAGACGGUUUGUGCGAAUGGCACAUCAUGACAUAUCUGUUACUCGCAAGGAGCUGAUGAUUAAAUUGUUUUUGAUUUUUGAAAGCAUUUGAUUACACACACACAUGGAUGAAGCCAAAAAAUAACACACACACACACUGUGGAAAAAAAAAAAAAAGUGUAGCAAAACCGCAGCCCUAUCACAUUUCAAACGCAUACACGAAAUAUUUGCAAAUGAAAUACUUGUGUAUCAUUUAACAUCUUGUACUCCUUUUUUUUCCUCUGAAAAGUGAAACUAUUAUGUGUCUGACUGCAGACUUAUGCAUGUCCUGUACAAUUACACAAUCCAUCAAACCUAUUACAUGAGUUGUAUUUAUAAAGCUGUUGUUGAGA